GCAGAGAGCACAAAAAGAAAAAAAAAUGUACGGUAAAGCGGCAAUUUGUUUAGCAUUGGCGAUCGUCUUCUUGGUUUCAUGUUCAAUCUAUAUCGGAAACGUUGAUAUCAGAUCAUACUUCUUCUCUUUACAGUCGGCGCAACGCUCAAUAUGUGCUACCGAUCGUCCUCUCUGGGUUUACAUGUACGACCUCCCUCGGAAAUUCAAUGUCGCCAUGAUGGGUCGCCGGUACGCUGAGGAAGCGGGUCCGGUGACCAGGGAGAACUUGCCGCUGUGGCCCGCCAAUGGAGGGGUAAGGAGGCAACACAGCGUGGAAUAUUGGCUGAUGGCCUCGCUGCUUUACGACGGCGAAGGCGGAGAAGAGAGGGGGGCGGUUAGGGUUUCGGAUCCCGAAACUGCGGACGCCUUUUUCGUGCCCUUUUUUUCCUCGUUGAGUGUUAAUACGCACGGACAUAACAUGACGGAUCCUGAGACGGAGGUCGACCGCCAAUUGCAGGCCGAGUUAGUGGAAUUCUUGCGACAAUCCAAGUACUAUCAAAGGUCCGGAGGCAGAGAUCAUGUAAUCCCCAUGACACAUCCAAAUGCUUUCAGAUUUCAUCGACAGCAGUUGAAUGCCUCUAUUCUUAUUGUUGUAGAUUUUGGUCGCUACCCCAGAAACAUGUCGACUCUAAGCAAAGAUGUAGUUUCCCCUUAUGUACACGUGGUGGAAUCCUUCACGGAUGAUGACCCUCUAGACCCAUAUGAGAACCGAACUACCCUUCUUUUUUUCCGGGGAAAUACUGUCAGGAAAGAUGAAGGCAAAAUUCGAGUCAAACUCGCUAAGAUAUUGAAGGGUAUUGCUGAUGUUCACUACGAGAAGAGUGCAGCAACUCCAUCUAACAUAAAAUGUCUACAAAGGGAAUGCGCUUGUCGAAAUUCUGUCUGCAUCCUGCAGGGGACACUCCAUCAUCUUGCCGACUAUUCGAUGCGAUCGUGAGCCACUGUAUUCCGGUGAUUGUCAGUGACAAAAUCGAGAUUCCCUUUGAGGACGAAAUCGAUUACACUGAAUUCUCAAUUUUCAUCUCCAUGAAAGAAGCAUUAGAACCGGGUUAUUUGGUCAAUCUGCUG